AUGAUGCAAUCUGGUGCUCCCCUCUGCAACAUAUGUGGGGAACAACUUUUGCUUAGUGAGAAUGGUGAAAGGUUUGUGGCUUGUCAUGACUGUAAUUAUCCAAUUUGUAAGGCAUGUUUUGAACAUGAAAUCAACGAGGGACAUAGUGUCUGCUUGAACUGUGGCACUCCCUAUGAAGGAAGAACAAAGGAUGGCGACGAUGAUGAUGAUGGCAACAACGACAGUGAUGUCAUUGAGGUUCACGAAAAUCCAUCCACAGUUGCUUCCCAGAUCAAUAACUCUGAGGAUGUUGGAGGACUUCAUGCUAGACAUGUUAGUGCAGUUUCGAAGGUUGAUAGUGAAGAAGUAACUGAAGAAUCUGGAAAUUCAACGUGGAAAAAACGAAUGAAAAGCUGGAAAGGGAAGGGGAAGGAUAAAAAAAACAAGAAUAAAAAGGCUGUACCUAAGGCUGAAAGUGAGGCUGCAGUUCCAUCAGAGCAGCAGAUGGAAGAAGUAAGGUCUACGGAGGCCGCUGCUCUUCCGCUUUCUGUAGUUGUGCCAAUAGUAAAAUCAAAACUCGCACCAUACAGAACUGUGAUAAUCGUGCGGCUAAUAAUAUUGGGUCUUUUCUUCCACUAUCGUGUUACAAAUCCUGUUGAAAGUGCUUUUCCUCUGUGGUUGACAUCUAUCAUAUGUGAGAUUUGGUUCGCAUUUUCCUGGGUGUUGGAUCAGUUCCCUAAAUGGUCUCCGGUUAAUAGACACACUUUCAUCGAAAACUUGUCUGCAAGGUUUGAAAGAGAGGGUGAAUCUUCUGGACUUGCUUCUGUUGAUUUCUUUGUCAGUACGGUCGAUCCUUUGAAAGAACCACCGUUGAUUACAGCUAAUACAGUGCUUUCUAUCCUCGCGGUUGACUAUCCCGUAGAUAAAGUAUCUUGUUAUGUGUCAGAUGAUGGAGCAGCAAUGCUCACAUUUGAAUCUCUUGUGGAGACAGCUGAGUUUGCAAGGAAGUGGGUGCCAUUUUGCAAAAAGUUUUCAAUUGAACCAAGAGCACCUGAGUUUUACUUCUCACAAAAGAUUGACUACCUGAAAGACAAAGUGCAACCUUCUUUUGUGAAGGAACGUAGAGCAAUGAAGAGAGAAUAUGAAGAGUAUAAAGUACGAGUAAAUGCUAUGGUAUCUAAGGCUCAGAAAACACCAGAAGAAGGAUGGACUAUGCAAGACGGAACACCUUGGCCUGGCAAUAAUUCGCGUGAUCACCCUGGAAUGAUUCAGGUCUUCCUCGGACACACUGGUGCCCGUGAUAUCGAAGGAAAUGAGCUUCCUAGGCUGGUUUAUGUUUCUAGAGAGAAAAGACCAGGAUACCAACACCACAAGAAAGCAGGUGCUGAAAAUGCGCUGGUGAGGGUGUCUGCAGUUCUCACAAAUGCUCCUUUCAUUCUCAAUCUUGACUGUGAUCAUUAUGUUAACAACAGUAAGGCUGUUCGAGAAGCUAUGUGUUUUCUCAUGGAUCCAGAAGUUGGUAGAGAUGUUUGUUAUGUACAGUUCCCCCAAAGAUUUGAUGGUAUUGAUCGUAGUGAUCGGUAUGCCAAUCGCAAUACAGUUUUCUUUGAUGUCAACAUGAGAGGACUUGAUGGCAUUCAAGGACCAAUGUAUGUGGGGACUGGAUGUGUUUUCAAUCGACAAGCACUUUAUGGCUAUAGCCCGCCUUCUAUGGCGAAUUUAUCAAUAUCUUCAUGCUGUUGCUUCCCCUCAAAAUCCACCAAAGACGUGUCACGGGUUUCUAGAGACGCAAAGAGGGCAGAACUUGAAGCUGCCAUUUAUAAUCUCAGGGAGAUUGACAAUUAUAACGAGGACGAGAGGUCAAUGUUGAUUUCACAAAUGAGCUUUGAAAAAACCUUUGGCUUGUCGACUGUUUUCAUUGAAUCUGCAUUAAUGGAGAAUGGAGGAGGGGCACCAGAAACCGCAGAUCCUGCAAUGCUGAUCAAGGAGGCCAUUCAUGUAAUUAGCUGUGGAUAUGAAGAGAAGACCGAAUGGGGAAAAGAGAUUGGAUGGAUUUAUGGAUCCGUUACCGAGGAUAUCUUAACAGGUUUCAAGAUGCAGUGCCGAGGAUGGAGGUCAAUCUACUGCAUGCCCUUAAGGCCUGCAUUCAAAGGAUCAGCACCUAUCAACUUGUCUGAUCGGUUGCACCAAGUCCUUCGAUGGGCGCUUGGAUCAGUCGAAAUUUUCUUAAGUAGACACUGUCCCCUUUGGUAUGCAAUUGGAGGAGGCCGUCUCAAAUGGCUGCAGCGAUUAGCUUAUAUAAACACCAUUGUCUACCCUUUUACAUCACUUCCUCUAGUUGCUUAUUGUACUUUGCCAGCAAUUUGUCUUCUUACAGGAAAAUUUAUCAUACCAACGCUUUCGAACCUUGCAAGUGUUCUCUUUCUUGGACUUUUCCUCUCAAUUAUAGUGACAAGUGUGCUUGAGCUGCGUUGGAGCGGUGUUUGUAUUGAAGAUUUGUGGCGUAACGAGCAGUUUUGGGUGAUUGGAGGUUCUUCAGCUCAUCUGUUUGCUGUGUUCCAAGGAUUUCUUAAGAUGUUGGCUGGUGUUGACACCAACUUCACUGUCACUGCUAAGGCUGCCGAGGAUACUGAGUUUGGCGAACUUUAUCUUAUCAAAUGGACUACUCUCUUGAUUCCACCGACAACGCUUAUCAUUAUUAACAUGGUUGGCGUUGUUGCUGGAUUUUCUGAUGCACUUAAUGGAGGAUAUGAGUCUUGGGGACCUCUUUUUGGGAAGGUUUUCUUUGCCUUUUGGGUGAUUUUUCAUCUCUAUCCAUUCCUAAAGGGUCUCAUGGGUCGACAAAACCGCACUCCUACCAUUGUUAUUCUCUGGUCAGUGUUGUUAGCCUCUGUCUUCUCUAUUAUUUGGGUCAAGAUAGAUCCAUUUGUGAACAAAGUUGACAGUGAGACCAUUGCGGAAACUUGUGUUGCUAUAGAUUGUUGA